CUUUCGAUUAAAGCCUCCAGCAUCCAACAUGAAGUUUUCCACCGUCCUCCUCGCCCUCGCCGUGGUCCUGUUCGUGGCCCAAACCAGGGCAGCCUCCUCCAACUCGACCACCACCACUACGGAGGCUACUACCACCACGGAGUCCUCCACGUCCUCCUCGAGCGCGUCCGGGUCAGGCACGGGCAAGAUUGUGAAGAUCAGUGGUCUGACGUACACAGUGAAGAGGCGGAUUAGGGUCGCAACCACCACAAGCUCCACGAGCUCCAAGAGCUCCAAGAGCGCCCGCGCCAAGGCUCGCAAUGCUCGCCUCAAAGCCAAGCGCGCCGCCAAGGCAAAGGCCAGCGCCAAGUCCAAGAACCGCAAGCUAAGCAGAAAGGGCAAGGGCCGCAAUGUCCGCGUCGUCAGGGGCUAA